CGCGCUGCAGGAGUAGGAAGCGGCCCUGCGCUGCGCUUCCAGCUGCGUCUGCCCGAGCGCGGCACGUGCUCCCGGCGCUGGCGCGCGCGAGAGCGCCACCGCCACGGACCCCGGAGCCGCUCUGCCUCCUGCCGCCGCUGCCUCCGUCGCCGUCACUCGCGCUCCAGCUGCAGCCCAGGCCGGCACGCGAGCGCAGGAAGCCCGCGAGGAGCGGCUGGCUGGGGUCGCCAGGCUCAGGGCGCGCGCCAGGUUUUGAAGAUCAUGAUCACAUGGACGCAUCUAACUAAAUGGUACAUGGGGACAUGGUGGUCCUUUAGAGAGCACAUCUAAAUUACUGGCUAAUUCCUUGGUUUGCCACUCAACAUAGGACGUUGUCUGAUUCUAUCUAUCAGAACUCUCCUAAAUUUUCCCCACCAUGCUAUCUUUAUUAGCCUGAACUCCUUUCCUAAAAUGGUCCUUCUGUUGAUCCUGUCAGUUCUGCUUUUGAAAGAAGAUGUCCGUGGGAGUGCACAGUCCAGUGAGAGGAGGGUGGUGGCUCACAUGCCGGGUGACAUCAUUAUUGGAGCUCUCUUUUCUGUCCACCACCAGCCCACAGUGGACAAAGUUCAUGAGAGGAAGUGUGGGGCAGUUCGUGAACAGUAUGGCAUUCAGAGAGUGGAGGCCAUGCUGCAUACUCUGGAAAGGAUCAACUCAGACCCCACACUCUUGCCCAACAUCACCCUGGGCUGUGAGAUAAGGGAUUCCUGCUGGCAUUCGGCUGUGGCCCUAGAGCAGAGCAUUGAGUUCAUAAGGGACUCCCUCAUUUCUUCAGAAGAAGAAGAAGGUUUGGUGCGCUGCGUGGAUGGGUCUUCCUCUUCCUUCCGCUCCAAGAAGCCCAUUGUAGGGGUCAUUGGGCCUGGCUCCAGUUCUGUGGCCAUUCAGGUCCAGAACUUGCUCCAGCUUUUCAACAUACCUCAGAUUGCUUACUCGGCAACAAGCAUGGAUCUGAGUGACAAGACUCUGUUCAAGUACUUCAUGAGGGUUGUGCCCUCAGAUGCUCAGCAGGCACGGGCCAUGGUGGACAUAGUGAAGAGGUACAACUGGACCUAUGUGUCAGCUGUGCACACAGAAGGCAACUAUGGAGAGAGUGGGAUGGAAGCUUUCAAAGAUAUGUCAGCCAAGGAAGGAAUUUGCAUCGCUCACUCUUACAAAAUCUAUAGCAACGCAGGAGAACAGAGCUUUGAUAAACUGCUGAAGAAGCUCAGGAGUCACUUGCCCAAGGCCCGGGUGGUGGCCUGCUUCUGUGAAGGCAUGACGGUGAGAGGUCUGCUGAUGGCCAUGAGGCGCCUGGGUCUAGCAGGCGAAUUUCUUCUUCUGGGCAGUGAUGGCUGGGCUGAUAGGUAUGAUGUGACAGAUGGAUAUCAGCGAGAAGCUGUUGGUGGAAUCACAAUCAAGCUCCAAUCUCCCGAUGUCAAGUGGUUUGAUGAUUAUUAUCUGAAGCUCCGUCCAGAAACAAACCUUCGAAACCCUUGGUUUCAAGAAUUUUGGCAGCAUCGUUUUCAGUGCCGGCUGGAAGGGUUUGCACAGGAGAACAGCAAAUACAACAAGACUUGCAAUAGUUCUCUGACUCUGAGAACACAUCACGUUCAGGAUUCCAAAAUGGGAUUUGUGAUCAAUGCGAUCUAUUCCAUGGCCUAUGGACUCCACAACAUGCAGAUGUCCCUCUGUCCAGGCUAUGCAGGCCUCUGUGAUGCAAUGAAGCCAAUCGAUGGACGGAAACUUUUGGAUUCCCUGAUGAAAACCAAUUUUACUGGGGUUUCUGGAGAUAUGAUCCUCUUUGAUGAGAAUGGAGACUCUCCAGGAAGGUAUGAAAUAAUGAAUUUCAAGGAAAUGGGAAAAGAUUAUUUUGAUUAUAUCAAUGUUGGAAGCUGGGACAAUGGAGAAUUAAAAAUGGAUGAUGAUGAAGUAUGGUCCAAGAAAAACAACAUCAUCAGAUCCGUGUGCAGUGAACCAUGUGAGAAAGGCCAGAUAAAGGUGAUCCGGAAGGGGGAAGUCAGCUGUUGUUGGACCUGUACACCCUGUAAAGAAAAUGAGUAUGUCUUUGAUGAGUACACCUGCAAGGCAUGCCAGCUGGGGUCGUGGCCCACUGAUGACCUUACAGGCUGUGACUUGAUCCCAGUACAGUAUCUCCGCUGGGGUGAUCCUGAGCCCAUUGCAGCUGUGGUGUUUGCCUGCCUUGGCCUACUGGCCACCCUAUUUGUCACUGCAGUCUUCAUCAUUUACCGUGAUACGCCAGUAGUCAAGUCCUCCAGCAGGGAACUCUGCUAUAUCAUCCUUGCCGGCAUCUGCCUGGGUUACUUAUGUACCUUCUGCCUCAUUGCAAAGCCCAAACAGAUUUAUUGCUACCUUCAGAGAAUUGGUAUCGGUCUUUCCCCAGCCAUGAGCUACUCAGCCCUUGUAACCAAGACCAAUCGUAUUGCAAGGAUCCUGGCCGGCAGCAAGAAGAAGAUCUGUACCAAAAAGCCCAGAUUCAUGAGUGCCUGCGCCCAGCUGGUGAUUGCUUUCAUUCUCAUAUGCAUUCAGUUGGGCAUCAUUGUUGCCCUCUUUAUAAUGGAGCCUCCUGAUAUAAUGCACGACUACCCAAGCAUUCGAGAAGUGUACCUGAUCUGUAAUACCACCAACCUGGGGGUUGUCACACCUCUUGGAUACAACGGCUUGCUGAUUUUGAGCUGUACCUUCUAUGCUUUCAAGACGAGAAACGUUCCAGCUAACUUCAACGAGGCCAAGUAUAUUGCCUUCACUAUGUACACCACCUGCAUUAUAUGGCUGGCCUUUGUGCCAAUCUACUUUGGCAGCAACUACAAAAUCAUCACCAUGUGUUUCUCCGUCAGUCUCAGUGCCACAGUGGCACUGGGCUGCAUGUUUGUGCCGAAGGUGUACAUCAUCCUGGCCAAACCAGAGAGGAAUGUGCGCAGCGCCUUCACCACAUCUACCGUGGUGCGCAUGCAUGUGGGGGAUGGCAAGUCAUCCUCGGCAGCCAGCAGAUCCAGCAGCCUGGUCAACCUGUGGAAGAGGAGGGGCUCCUCUGGGGAAACCCUAAGGUACAAAGACAGGAGACUGGCCCAGCACAAGUCGGAAAUAGAGUGUUUCACCCCCAAAGGGAGUGUGGGGAAUGGUGGGAGAGCAACAAUGAGCAGCUCCAACGGAAAAUCCGUCACGUGGGCCCAGAACGAGAAGAGCAGCCGGGGGCAGCACCUGUGGCAGCGGCUGUCCAUCCACAUCAACAAGAAGGAGAACCCCAACCAAACGGCCGUCAUCAAGCCCUUCCCCAAGAGCACCGAGAGCCGCGGCCUGGGCGCUGGCGGCGCGGGCAGCGGCGCGGGGGCCGCGGGCGGCGCGGGCGGGGGCGCGGGGGCCGCGGGAGGCGGCCCCGGGGGGGCGGAGCCCCCGGACGCCGGCCCCAAGGCGCUGUACCACGUGGCGGAGGCCGAGGAGCACUUCUCCGCGCCCGCGCGCCCGCGCUCGCCGUCGCCCAUCAGCACGCUGAGCCAGCGCGCGGGCUCGGCCAGCCGCACUGACGACGACGUGCCGUCGCUGCACUCGGAGCCCGCGGCGCGCAGCAGCUCUUCGCAGGGCUCGCUCAUGGAGCAGAUCAGCAGCGUGGUGACCCGCUUCACGGCCAACAUCAGCGAGCUCAACUCCAUGAUGCUGUCCACCGCUGCGCCCGGCCCCGGCGUGGGCGCCCCGCUCUGCUCGUCCUACCUGAUCCCCAAAGAGAUCCAGCUGCCCACGACCAUGACGACGUUCGCCGAAAUCCAGCCUCUGCCAGCCAUCGAGGUCACGGGCGGCGCGCCGCCCGCGGCGGUGGCGGCGGCGGCCCCGCCGGUAGGGGGCGCUGCCGAAGAGCCCCCGGCGGCGGCCGGGCCCGAGGCUGCCGCGGGGAAGGCGGACCUGGAAGAGUUGGUGGCUCUCACCCCGCCGUCCCCCUUUAGAGACUCGGUGGACUCCGGGAGUACCACCCCCAACUCGCCAGUGUCGGAGUCGGCCCUCUGUAUCCCAUCGUCUCCCAAAUAUGACACACUGAUCAUAAGAGAUUACACUCAGAGCUCCUCGUCGUUGUGAAUGUCCUCGGAAACCACGCUGGCUUCCGCUGACGGAGCCGAGACCUCCCGCGUUCACGCAGACACAGUGACAAGCAUAGUCGCCUGGUGAAGACCCGAGGUGGAAGAUGCCAAGUGCACCCGCAACGGAAACGUGAGAUUAAUAGUGCUAUUUCACAUCAACCGACGAAGACACCAACUACAAAUCUUCUGGCAGAUUUUCUUCUAGUGGCCUUAGAAAACACGGGCUUUUAAGAAACACUGCUUAUCUUUUUGAGGGCUGACAAGGAGUCUGUUGAACCAGUUCCAUACCAAGUGCUUUGCUCUAGGGAAGCAAUGAGCGUGAAACAGCAUAAUGGAGGGGGAAGAGCAUAGUUAAUAAGCAACUGUAAAAAGUUUUGUUUACUUUAAUUCUUUUCCCAGAAGAUUCUUUGAUUCACCAAACAUGAAUGUACAUUUUCUAACAAACUCAAAAUCUGGGACCAAAACGUCAACGUUUCUCUUUCUCUCUCUCUUUUUUUCUUUCUUUUUUCUGUCCUGUAAAGACCUUGAAAAGCAGUACCUUGGGCCCAGUAUUUACUGAGGCGUUGUUCUGAGUGUGUCCCAUGCAUAACACACAACGGGAUAAUGAGUGCUGUGCUGACGUGUGCAGGACUUAUACCAGAGACAUUCCUCUCCGAUUUGGUUUGAAAUCCUCUUCCAGAAGCCUGCAUCCAGGAGUCCACCUAGUUAUUUCAAUUCACCUCCAUUAACCAAGAAAACCAGUGGAAGAUUUCUUGACUAUUUCACCAUGUUGCCAAUCAAUACUGGAGUAGCAAAAAAAUAUUUUCUGGAAUACUGUUUUGUAAUUCCCUCACUGGGGUACGUUGUGUAGCUGGAAAUUCUCUUUAUAAUAAUAAUAAUAAUAACAAUAAUAAUUCCUGAGCUCCAGCUUGGCUAUCUCUUUCAUGAAAUGUGGCCACUCCUCCUUACAAAUGCUGUUCCAUUAGCAUUGCCAGCUAAAAUAUUAAUAUAUGCAUUUGGGCUUCUUCAUUCCUUUUCUUUGAGAACCUGAUGCACAAAGAGCUCCUCUGUUCUUUUCAAGUCCCACCACUGGAAGAAUGGUCUAUAGACCCACUGAAGACAGCAUCAUGACUGAAGGGACUGUUGUUCAAAAAGUUAACACAAUCUUAAUACACUGGAAAUUUUAAACUGUGUCAAGUCGGCUUAGCAGAGAUUUAGCUAUGCCAGUGAGCAGUGAUUUUAACUUUUCUCGGCUGCUUAAAUAGGGCAGCUAUGAACUAUGACAAAUGUAGAUUUUUCAAAGCAAUACAGAAUACUAAAACAGAGGAACCUUAAUGAAUAUAAACCACACAGUCUUUCUUAGCCAUUCCAAAAAGAGGCAAAGCAAUUAUUAAUAUUUCCUUUUUAAAAUAAUUAAUAUGAUUUUGUGCACUUCAUACUGUCACUUUUUAAAUACUGCAGAAAAGAGAUUUAAAGAUAUAAUAGAAAUACAUGUGCUUUAAUAGGCUCAUAUAGGUAGUAUUCAUAGCUUGAGACCUGCAUCCACUGUCAUCUCUUUCUUCUUCCCAUUACAGCUAUCCUCAGGUGCCAAAUGUUUCUUUUUGUUUGUUUGUUUGUUUGUUUUGUUUUGGUUUUGGUUUCGUUUUUAAUUUUUAAAUAAGGAUAGUAAUAAAAGGAGGAGGUAUCCUAUAAAUUUAGAGUUUAGUUGAUCUAGCCUUAUACUAAAGAUAGCCUUAUGAAAAAGAUUUGCUGAGGCAGAAGUAUAUUUUUAGCAGAAAGAAAAAUAAAUGAAACCUUUUUCUUGAGCUCAAUAUCCUUAUUUUGGCAUGUAUUUUUUAUUGUACAUCUACUUUAAAAAAGGAAUUGAGGAAUGGAAAUAUAUCCAUUCACGUAACUUAUCAUUCCCCAGUUUUAAAAUUUAUAAUAUGUAUACUGCUUGACUUUCCUGAUAUCUGUUCUUAAAUCUUUAAAUCAAAUCUCCCAGUAUAAAAUAUUAAAAGCACAUUAAUUUAGUAAAAUAUAAAUUUUCAAAAAUCAAACUUCCCAUGCCAGAUUUGAAAAUAACGUCAUCAGAGCACCCUGAAACCCACAUGUUCUAAUGAGACUCUUGAAAGAGUGAAUUUAGCCAAACUUUAUGGUUUCAUUGAAAGCGAAUGUCUGCCUUUACUUCAAAAACAAAUGUAAAUAUUUUGAAGCAUUAACACCCCUCAAUCCUCUUGAAAAGGGUGGCAUUCACCUGGGGAUUACCAUCUUGAUUUCUUAAACAUUAAAACCUUUGC